CAUAUUAGUCUAUAACCUAUAUAAACCCGGCAACGAGACGGAGCGUGCGCUGGCGGUGAAACCAGAGAGAGAGAGAGAGAGAGAGAUAGAUUGCCCAAGAUGAAAUUGAGCUGUGCGUUGAAAGCCUCCCCAAUUUUCUUCUUGUUGCUCAUUUCCACUUUAGUUUCUGCGAAGUCGAAAGAUGUGUCUGAAUUACAGAUCGGUGUGAAGUACAAGCCAGAUUCUUGUGACAUUCAAGCUCGCAAAGGCGAUAGAAUCAAAGUACACUAUCGGGGAACACUCACAGAUGGUACUGUUUUUGACUCUAGUUUCGAAAGAGACUCUCCAAUUGAGUUUGAGCUUGGAACGGGUCAAGUAAUAAAAGGGUGGGACCAAGGAUUGCUUGGAGCGUGUGUUGGUGAGAAGCGGAAAUUGAAAAUACCUUCAAAACUUGGUUAUGGGGACCAAGGUUCUCCACCAACCAUCCCAGGUGGUGCAACGCUAAUAUUUGAAACGGAGCUUGUCGCAGUGAAUGGGAAAACAUCAAGUGAAGGAAAAACAAAAGAUGCCGAACUGUAGUUGGAAGAAUGGUUUCUAUCUUGAAUCUUAAUUAUUUUUUUAAAAAAACUGUACUUUUACAUUUCCCUGGUAUCUUAAUUUGGUGAUCCAAAACAAUGUUUUUGCUUUCAGACCGGAGAGAACAAUCGGCUUUGAAACUUUUAAAUGGGACGCUUGUCUCUGUAUCUUGAUUAGAGAUAUAUGUAGGCAAGCAUUUUCAUUUUUAUCA